UUCAGACGGGCGCAAAAAUUAGUCAUCUCCUCAAUAGAAUAAUUUCUUAAACGUUACUAAAAUGUCGAACGAUCAAAUCGUUUGCCGGGAUAAAGUGCGCGCUCUAGAGAAGAAUAUUCUGCUUCUUGCAGGUCAAGUGGCAGGUUGUGAAGAAAUGAAGAAAAACUUUUCCGACCACCUUGAGUUCAUGAAACUCAACGUUGAUGCUUUGCAAGGAUUGUUGGCGAGAUGCCAAACGGGACCAUCAUUUCCCACAAAAAGCCGGAAUCAUAAUCUGACAUCGUUAUGUCUAGCGAAAAUGGGAAUCGAUGGAAGUCAUUUGAAUAGUCCAAUGGUAGAAUUGAAACAAGAAAUUGAUCAACUCAAAGCCCAAUUGGAUGUGUAUAAGAAUGACUUCGCUGUAGAAAGAAUAGCGCGGCAAGCAUUGGAGAUGGAGAAGGAACAACUAGUUGCGGAACUACAGCAGUUGAAAUUGCAUAAUCGAAAUUUAAUAGAUAAGGCUUCAAAUGGUCCAGCGGGACAGCAAAUCCGAAGUCGCAGGCGAAGGCUGAUAUCUCAUGAAAAUGAUAUAUGGAAUAGUGAACUUCACCAUUCUGAGAUGCAGGCGAUGCAUUGUUCACACUGCAAUCGAGUCUACGGAGACAUCCACUCGCUCGAGACGCACAUUGACGAUUGUCCGGCUUAUUGAACGUAAACUAAACACAAAUUAAGUGUCUGCCUUCCACCGUGGAAGGGAUGAUUCAAAUGAAUGAUGAGUAUACAUAAAUGCAUAAGAGGAGAAUUGUGUGUUUGGAAGAACUGUUAUCGUAAGAUUUUUAUAUUAUACUUUUUGCUUAAAAGCAUGGCAAUUCCAAU